UUCCUUGUCGGGAUUUUUGUUCACCCAUAAAUAGAGUUCGGACUUACAUCUAUACCCCAUAAUUGUGAAUUGUUUCCAAUAAUUUGCCUCCAAAAUUGAAGCGAGAUUAGUCUGGCAGUGGCAGCACACUCAGUCAUGGCUUCUGCUCCAUCAAAGCUCUACGCAGACGAUGUUAGCCUUCUCAUGGUGCUUCUGGACACCAAUCCUCUCUUCUGGAGCACAUCUUCUCUUCCAUUCUCCAACUUUCUCUCUCAUGUACUAUCGUUUUUGAACUCGAUUCUACUUCUCAAUCAGCUCAAUCAAGUCGCAGUCAUUGCCACCGGAUACAAUUCCUGCGACUACAUCUUUGAUUCUUCUGUGUCCACGAGCCGAGGUUUGGAAAAUGGAAGAAUGCCGGCGCUUUGCUCGAACUUGUUGCAGAAAUUGGAGGAAUUCGUUGUCAGAGACGAGCAAUUGUGCAAGGAAGGCUCCGAAAAUGGGCUCGCCUCUUCCCUGCUUUCAGGGUCUUUGUCUAUGGCUCUUUGUUAUAUACAGAAAAUUUUUCGAUCAGGACCGCUCCAUCCACAGCCGCGGAUUUUAUGCUUGCAGGGAUCUUCAGAUGGGCCCGAACAGUAUGUGGCAAUCAUGAAUGCCAUAUUCUCUGCACAGCGUUCUAUGGUUCCAAUAGAUUCUUGCUAUUUAGGCUCCAAUAAUUCUGCCUUCCUGCAGCAGGCAUCUUACAUAACCGGGGGUGUGUAUUUGAAGCCCCAGCAACCUGACGGCCUGUUUCAGUAUCUAUCAACAGUUUUUGCAACUGAUUUGCAUUCUCGGACCUUUUUACAGCUUCCGAAGUCUGUUGGUGUGGAUUUUCGAGCUUCGUGUUUUUGCCAUAAGAAAACAAUAGACAUGGGCUACAUAUGUUCUGUUUGCUUGUCCAUAUUCUGCAAGCAUCACAAGAAAUGUUCAACCUGCGGAUCAGUCUUUGGUCAGGCCCAAUCAGACAAUGAUUCUGCGCCUAACUUGAAGAGAAAAUUUUCAUAUUCAUAAUUAUGCUCAUCUGAAAGCACAUUUGGUAUAUUGGAAACUAACAAGUGAGGCUUAAAUUGCGGAAUUUGGUUCCCAAACCCAAACCAACGGAAUGUCAAGAAAAUUUUCUUUACAUCUUAGCUGUCAAGCCGGGAAGCAAAUUAGAUGAUUAACAGUGGGUGCACACUGUAGUGUGUUCUCUGAUACAGGCUUCAGGUUCUUUGAAGUGACUUGAGUUCCGUAUGAUUUCUUAUGUUAGAUUGUAUUUCUUAUUUAUUUACCAAAGGACGAAAACAAGAUAACAAAUCAGAAAACCGAAUAGAGGUAGAUAUGAGAAUAAAUAAAAUAGAAGCUGUUUUAUUUUAUUUUAUUUUUCUCCAAGCACGAGCGAUCUUGCUACGGAUGGUGUCGUUCCCCCAACAUCCUCUGCAACUAGUCCUAUCUUGUAGCACUGGAGAUCCCAUCAGGUUGUGAUGAAAGCUAAGCUAUGCUAAGAGUUUUGUUUCUUUCAUUUGAUUCUUUCAGUUUAGCUGGUUGUCUUCUUAUUAGGUGAUUAAUGUUGUUCCUAUGUACAUGGUUUUGA